AUGGCCACCGAUUUCUCCAAAGUGGGAAGGUUCACCUCUUCGCCAGCCAUGACUGAAUGGGAUAUCAUUGUCGUGGGAUCCGGCCAUAAUGGCUUGACCGCAGCCGCAUAUCUCGCGGUAGCUGGAAAGAAGGUCCUUGUCCUCGAAAAGGCUUCUUACCCUGGAGGUGGGGUGGCCAGCCUCCAGAUGGCCGAGCCAGGAUAUAUCAGCGAACGUCACAGCGCCAUUCAUCAAAUGAUCCUCGCAAACCCCAUGAUCACUCACGAUGAACUUGGUUUGCAGUCUCGGUACGGCCUCGUUUACAAGCAGCUAGACCCAUGCUAUGCCAUAGUCAUGGAAGACAAGGUCCUGCCCAUCUACAGAGAGCGCCACAGGACCGUCGAUGCCAUUCGAGAGUUUUCGUCGGAAGACGCCGAUGCUUACAACGUCUUUGUGGACAAAUGUCGACAAAUCACCGAGCUUCUGAUGCCCUCUAUGUUCGAACCUCCCCGCGACAUGUCGGCGGAUAUUGCUAGCAGCCCGUCAGCCGAGGAAAUUGCCAUGGCAUCAACCAGUUCCUCCUUGGAGAUCAUUCAGAGAUACUUCAAGAGCGAGGUUCUCCAAGUUGCGCUACUGAGAUUUGUAACUGAGAUCCAGCUCGCUCACCCAAAAACGACCGGAACAGGCUUGAUGGCCUACCUGGCCUUUGGACUUCUCGACAUCUAUGGCCUUUGCGUCCCCGAGGGCUCCGGAUCUGUGUGGACGGAAUCUGUCAUUCGCUGUCUCAGAGACCAUGGUGGCGAUGUCAAGUUGGACACGGAGGUCAUCAAGGUCAUCACCGAAGGUGGACGUGCCGUUGGAGCCAGAACUCGUUUUGGGGAGUUGAGGGCGAAAGAGGCCGUCAUCGGUCAAAUCCACCCCCACAAUCUUGGGCAUCUUGUCGAUGGAAUCGACCCGUCAAUCAUAUCAGCCGCCUCAAACACUCGCACCUCUGACUUCAGUCUACUCGUCGUUCAUGCCGCUCUCGAACGCCCGCUCAAGUUCAAAGCCGGGCCAAUCGCCGACAAGGCUGUCAUGAACACUUGCUGCCCUGGCAACCUCAAAGACCUUAUCCAGAGCUACGACGAAAUGAAUCAAGGAAUUCUCCCAGAGAAUAUCAUGAUCGGAGCCUCUUGUAUCAGCUCAGGUGACGAGACUCGCUGCCCGCCAGGCAAGUCGCUGCUGCACUGUGUUGUCAUGUGCAAGUCAGAACCUGCUGACGGCGGCUGGGCCGCGUGGGAUCGCAUCAAGGACGACUGGGUGCAGAGAGUCUUCUCUUAUUUCUCCAAGUACCUAGAGAACUUUACUCCCGACAUCGUUCGCUCCUAUCAUGUUGUUGCGCCUCCGGACCAUCAGUCCGACAGCGCAAGUUUCCAACGCGGCGAUAUUGCCGGUCUUUCCAUGGCGGCGGACCAGAUGGGGAUCAACCGACCUACCCCUGCCCUCGCUCAGUACCGUGUGCCUGGAAUCAAGGGUCUGUACCUUGCCGGACCUUUCAUGCACCCAGGUGGAGGUGUCUGGGGUGGUGGUCGUCCGGUAGCUAAGAGGGUGCUCGAGGAUCUUGGAAUCGACUUCGAUAAGAAAUUUGUGCACGGCAGCUCGCGUCUGUGA